AUGGCUUCACAACACUCCAGUUCCACCAUUGAGGCGAGACUCGCGGCCGUGGAGAAGCUAGCACAGCGAGCCUACGAUCGAGGAGAGGUAGAGAACGUGUUCAGCAAGUAUAUGCAUCUUCACAAUGUGUUCCAGGACGAACAGAUCAAGGCUCUGUGGGUCAAGCGCGGUACCCCUGGAGUCCACGCACAAUACACCAACGUUGGAGUGUACACAGACUACGACAGCAUCAUGGCCUACCAUAGUGGUCGACCCUCACCUCCCGGAAAAUUGAUCCUACACGAAACCACCACCCCAUUGAUCGAAGUUGCAGGUGACGGCGAAACUGCAAAGGGCUUUUGGUUAAUGGCUGGAGUUGAAAGUGGCUUAGCUGACCCCAAGAACGUUGGAACCAUGCCGGAGUUUCUCUACGAGCCUGAAGAUAAGAACGUCGACGGGAAGCGAGUCUGGACUCACUGGGUCUGGUGCCACUAUGCCUUGGACUUUCUUAAGCAGGAUGGACAGUGGAAGAUCUGGCACUUCCGGUGUCUUGAAGUGACUCGCGCACCCUUUAGUGAGAAUUGGAUCACUUUUGCCAAGAAGAACCAAUUGGCGUUUGACAAGGACCUUGCCUACUUUGGCAAUGAUGGCAAGGCUGUCUUUAUGCCAACGCCAGAUGCUAAGCCAGAAAAGAAGGCAGAUGUGUACGGACCAGAUCGAGCGCGACAAUUGGAUGUGCCGCUACCAGCAGCUUAUGAAACGUUUUCUGAGACUCACGAAUAUUAA